AAAAAGAAAAGAAAAGAAACCCCUCUUUAUUUUCUGUCUUUUUUUAUUUUUUUUAUACCUGUUAUUCUUUUUUUUUUUUUUGUACAUGAGUCAGUCUCCACCAACACAGCCUGAAAAUUAUCAUAUUCGACAGUCUUCUUUACAAACUGUUUAUGAAGAUAAUGACCCUUAUAGAAUAGCUAAAAAAAAUCAACAUUUAGAUUCUUUCUCUGAUGGUACAGUUUCUGAUGUCAUACAUUCUAGAACAGCAUCAGAUAGUAGUACAAGUAGAUUAUAUGCAAAUGCGAUCCCUUUUUCAACAUCUAAUAAAUAUGAAGACCCUUAUGCAAAAACUCAACACAAGAAAUGGAGAACGGUAAAUAAUGAUAGAGCUAAUUCAUAUUUACCUUAUUCACAUCAUGCAAGAGAUCCUAAUCAAAAAAGUGAGCCAAUUUAUAUUGAAGAAUAUGCAGCACCAGCGUCUACUACACUAGGUAUAGGAUCCAUGUUACAUGAUGGUAUGCCACCAGACUCACUCAAUAACCAGGCCUCUCAACAAGGAAAUGAUCUAGAAUUUACAGAUAAAAUGAUGAAUUUACCUGAUAUUGAUAAAAGAAGAAGGAAAAGGAAGCGAAUUUGUGGAUUGCGUUAUCGUACAGCAGCUUCUAUUUUAUUUUUAUUAUUUGUAGUCGUUAUUAUCGUAUGGUAUUUUGUAUGGCCACGUAUUCCCGUUUUGUCUUUAAAUGACGUUGACAACAUUGGUUCCAUUCAAGUAAUUACGAAUAGCACAAAGAAGAGUUUAUCAGCAAAUUGGCUAAUGAAUAUGACAGCGGAUAAUACAAACAAUUGGGUCCCUACACGUAUUCAAUAUAUUGACAUGACCAUUUCAGAUGAUAAUACAGAUGCAAGUUUUGGUACUGGCACCUCUGGUUUUCUCGUUUUACCAGCAAAAAAGAAAUCAUUUAUUACAAUUCCCAUGUCAAUUUAUUAUGCUUCAGAUAUAGCUAAUGAUACAACGUUUCAAGAUUUAUAUAAUGCUUGUGGUGUACAAGUGACGUCCAAUAUGCCCUUUGACAAUAAACAAGAUGUAUUAAAUAUUACAAUUCAUAUUGCAAUUCAAAUUUCUGGAUUUGCUUGGACAACUAGAAGGCAUAUACCCUAUUAUGAUUUAUCUUGUCCAACAAGCUAAUAUAUACCACCACCACCACCACCCGCACACACACACACACACACAAAAG